GACGGUUAUCUAUAUAAUAUUAAUGUAGAUACUGUUUAGUGAAUCACACAAGCACUAGCAGUAAACAGAUAAGGUAGCUCAAUCAUUGCGGUAUUAUGUUCGCGUUCCGUUUAUAUUAACGUAUUACACACACCAUUCACCUUUAAUGAAUUGUGUUACAUAUAAUAUUGUUCAUAUUGUGAUGGUGAUAAAUAAAAUUAAUUAAACUUUUAUUGACUUGAUACGCGUACGUUAUUUUAAAAAUAUAUCGUUGUUCUAUUUUAUUUUAAAGUGUUUACACGAAAUAAGUAUGUGAGCUAUGGACAAACUUGGAAAUAACUGGAAGUGAAAUGGCUGCUACAAAAUGGAUAUUACUGUUAAUAAAAAUGGUCACUUAUAUGUGGUCGCCAACUAUGGGAAUAAUAAAUGUAGAAAUUGGCGGCGGAGUAGAUGUGCUUCAAAAGUUUGGCAUUAUGGGUGAUAUGCUUUUUGGAAGUGCUCUAAACAUUAAAGAUGUGCUAACGAAUGAAAUUAUUUCAAAUGUUAACCAAAUAACUGAAAUUGUCAAUGUAACAAAUUCAAAUAAAGAGGUAAAACUUACAUUUUGUCCAGAUUUAGAUACAUUAUUUGAUAGUUAUUUUAAUGGAUUUCAAGUUGACUUAUCUGACAAACCAUGGAAAUUGUUGACUGCCAGUUGGUCCACUUACACAAUAUCUGAACGAUUUGGUAUAUCCGAUAUGGCACUUGCUCCAAAUUAUCAAUUUGUGGUCGUAUCCUAUAGAAGACCUAUAAAACGCUUUAAGUCAAUUCAAAACUUAACACAAUUAGUAGAAUUAAAACCAUCUGUUAGUAAGAAACUGAAAUCUAUAUCUGUUGGUAUAGAAUCAACGGUUACAAAUUUCGUUGCUGAAUAUGGUUCACAUUUUGUUGAUGAAUAUACAAUCGGUGAUACAGUGUUUCAAGUUUUCACAUAUCUUCCUACUUUUUACAAUAAGUUUCAAAAAUGCAUUAAAAAUAAUUGUUCAGAUUCCGAAAGUUCAGUGUUUUUAUCACCUGUUUAUGCAGAACACGUUGGUCAAGUUAUGUCAAUCGGAAAUAGGUAUGAUGAUAUAGAAAAAUGGGCCGAUACAAAUUUAACAAGGAAUUCAAGAUUAGGUGGUACAUACAACAGUUUAUUUGCUAUAAAAUCCAAUCCAGAAUUGCUUAAUGAAGUAACUAAUUUAAUGGACGAUGAAUCAGUUCUUGAGAUACAUCUGAAAGUUAUUUCAAGUUUUCUCAACGAUACGGUCACACAAAAAUGGUUCACAGAAGUUCUUGAUAAUCACGUAAAACUUCGAGAAAUAAAUCUUUAAUUAGAAUGUUUUGUUGACAAAUAUUAAAGAAACGUUUUUUAAAUAUUUUUUUAUACAUGAUUGUAUAUAAUAUUAUGUAAAAAUAUUUCAUUUUUUAGAUUUUAGUUAUGAAACAAUUAAUUUAAAAUUCUUCUAAAUAAAAUACUGUCAAUAUAUUUUAAGAAUUUGUGACACAUUUUAUAAUGUUACAUAAAAUAAUGAAAAUAUGAAAUUGUUAAUGAACAUCAAAUCUUAAUAUGAUCUUAUAAAAAUAUUAUGACAUUUUUUUUAAUUUCAUAUUUUAAAUUAAGUAUUGUUUUACCAUAAGUAUACUUUAGAAAAUAUGUUUAAGGAAUUGUAAAUAAUUAAUUCUAAAUAAGUAUUUUCAAUAGUAUUUCUCUUUAUACAUGUAUAAAAUAAAAUAAUAUUCAAAUAUGUAGACAUAUAUGUAAGUAUAUACACUAUGUUAUAUUUGUGAGUAUUACUUUUUAAACACUUAUUGUUAGUAUAUUUUAAGUAAACAAUAAGUUUUCAAGUAUAUUUAGUAUAAUUUUGUCUUAGUUUUUAUUUUUAAAGUAAAUUUUUUUUCCAGUUUUUAAUUUAAUGAAAAGUUAAAAUUACUAUUUUUGUAACUCAAGGUAAUUGUAUGACCCUUUUCACUUUUCUAAUAAGCGCUUUUUACUAUUUCAUUACUGUUAGCGUUCAAAUAAGUAACACGAAAUAAAAUUUAUGAAUUUGA